CUAACAAUCACAACGUCUGCCUUCUCAUUGACUGUUGGGCCGUUGGUAAAAAAAAUGCCAAAAACAAUUUAUCACAUAGGAGAUUUUACCCGUAAUCACAUGAUCACCGACUCGUCAGCCCUGGCGCUUAAAUCAACCGAUCUCCAUCCUUGACUUUACGAUUCCCCUGUUGCGAAAGGUUUCCACUGGCGAUCGCCAGUCUAAACCUUUGGCCGAUGAAUACAUCUUUGGACCCCCCAAUAUAUGCGUGGAUCCUCACCCUUAACCGACUGCCCACAAUAGAGGAGUACAAUAUCUGUUUCCAAUGUCUUGACAAGGAUUCUCAAACCAAAGUUACCAAUAUUCUAGCUCGGAGUGGGGAUCAGUAUGCUGCUUGGUCUUGCCUUUGUGGGAGACUUCUUCCGCAUAUUGUUAUGAACCAAAGAGAAAUCCCAAUCAGCGCAUGGCGUAUCGUCGGAAAUGAAGAUGGCAGCAAACCCUCUAUCCUGUGUCCGGCCUACGAAAAGAAGUUGGGGUAUAAUAUUUCCCACGACGGACUGCUAGUUGCAAUGGCAUUUGCGCUAGGUCCAGCAGCUGCUGUCGCUAAUGUUGGCUGCGAUGUUCGCCGGAUACACCUUCCUUCCAGCAUCUCGACUUCCGUCUUCGUUGAAUCGUUAUCGCACAAGAUCACACCGCUAGAACGGUCAUUCUUGUCCACUGACUUGGGUGAUGAAGUGAUAAUGAGGCGGAUCUUCAUCCUCUGGACUUUGAAAGAAGCUUACUUAAAGGCCAUCGGACAACCACUCCGACUUGGGUUUGAUUGGAACCGCAUCGAGUGCGAUAUACCCAAUGAAACUAUAACUGUGGACGGUCGCAUACUCUGCGGAUGGGAGUUUCGACUCUUCAAGGCAAACGUUAACGUGCACCCUCGAAAGGAUCCACGGAGCGAGCAGGUAUAUCAAGUGACGGCGGCGAUAUAUCGAGGGGGCGAAUCAACCUCGUUUGUGUGGAAUCAAGAGCUAAAGUUGGAUCCAUGGUUGAGAUUUCUAACUGUUGACUCCGUUAUGGACGCAGUCUGGGAUUUACAAUAUCCUCACAUAACUUCAUUCCUCAAGCUCAAGUUGGAUCAACAAAGAUAAGCUGUCCUAUCCCUCCUAUCCCUCAUAGCCAUAGAGCCUACUUCAAUGAGCUACGCAUUAAUGCAGUCGCACAUCAAUAUCGAGUUUGCACUAGAUAGAUUUGUACAAUGUGCUUGCCAAAAGAAGCGAAAAAACACACACACACACACACACAAUGUUACAACCUGCUCUCGAGGAAGCCGGGACGCAGGGAAUCCCUCCAAGAGAGGACCCCAGGACCGAAGGCAGCGUC